AUGGAGCGGAAGCUGCAGGGCCCAUGGCUGCCCGCCGGCCGGGGGCACGUGGAGAGGCCGUGCCCGGGCCCCCGAGGCUCCCUGGUGCCCGUGUUCGGCCCCCAGCACGGCCUGCACUGCGUCCACGCCGAGAGCAGUGCCCUGCGGCCCCGGGUGGUGACGGUGGUGAAGCCGGGCGGGCACCCCCUGCGCAAGGUCACCCUGCUCCUCAACAGGCGCUCCGUGCAGACCUUCGAGCAGCUCCUGGCCGACGUGUCGGAGGCCCUGGGCUUCCCGCGGUGGAAGAGCGACCGCGUGCGGAAGCUGUUCAACCUCAAGGGCAGGGAGAUCCGCAGCGUCUCCGACUUCUUCCGGGAGGGGGACGCCUUCAUUGCCAUGGGCAAGGAGCCCUUGACCUUGAAGAACAUCCAGGCGGCCAUGGAAGAGCUGUAUCCCGGCAGAGCCCGGGCCCUGACGCUGGGCCAGCAGAGCAGGGUCCCUUCUCCGAGGCUCAGGAGCAGGCUCUACAGCAAGACUCUGAAAGGGGGGCCCCCCUGUGGGGGGGAGGCCGAGCCGGCCAAGAGCUGCGGGGAGGCCGCCGGGUCCAAGGCAGCCAUCGCCCGGCCGGGGAAGACCCCCGUGGAGCCCGGGCUGGAGGACGGGGCGAGGGCCCAGAAGACAUGGGUGAGGGGCACCCGGGAGUCCGAGCCCUGCGGCAAGCCCACCGUGGAGAGGCUCGCCAGCGGGGAGAAGCACCUGGGCGUGGAGAUCGAGAAGACCUCGGGGGAGAUCAUCCGGUGCGAGAAGUGCAAGCGGGAGCGGGAGCUCCGGCAGGGCCUGCAGAGGGAGAGGCUGUGCCUGGGCACCAGCCAGCUGGACCUGGGCAAGGGCCCGCACCACGACGUGGACAAGCUGGUGAGGACCAGGAGCUGCAGGAGGUCCCCCGAGACCCACCCUCCGGGCGGGGAGGACGGGUGGAAGGGUGACGGCCACAGGAGCAGGCCCAGGAACCCCACUCAGGAGCCGAGACCCAGCAAGAACCCGGACAAGAAAGAGGAUACAGAUCCCAAAGGUCAGGAAGAUCAGCCGCAAGGAGCAGCCAAGGCUAAGAAGGACGUCACUGUCGCGGAAGCCCAGCCUGUCCGAGAGGAGGGGCCGAGGGAUGGGAAGAAAGACGCCAGGAGUAAGCACGGUGGCUGGAUCCUCAGGGAGCCCCAAGCCAACCCCGAGAAGCCCCCCAGGACCCGGGGGGAGGAGCAGGAGGCAGAGAAAGAGAAGAAGCCACCCGUGUCAGGCGGGAGGAAGAUGCUUCCCAGAGAUGACCAGCCCGCCAGGGUAGAAAAGGAGCCCAGGAUGCGGGCAGAAGAGAGCAAGCCCGAGAGGCCCGGCGGCCGGAGGCGGCGGCCCGCGGGCAUCAUCUCGGCCAGCGUGGAGAAGCAGUACGAGCCGGGCCGCGCCAUCGGGGACGGCAACUUCGCCGUGGUGAAGGAGUGCCGGCACCGGGAGACCGGGCAGGCCUACGCCAUGAAGAUCAUCGACAAGGCCAAGCUCAAGGGCAAGGAGGACAUGGUGGACAGCGAGAUCUUGAUUAUCCAGAGCCUCUCUCACCCCAACAUAGUGAAGCUGCACGAAGUGUACGAGACGGACGCGGAGAUCUACCUGAUCAUGGAGUACGUGCAGGGCGGGGACCUGUUUGACGCCAUCAUCGAGCACGUGAAGUUCCCGGAGCACGCCGCCGCCCUCAUGCUCACGGACCUGUGCAAGGCCCUCGUGCACAUGCACGACAAGAACAUCGUGCACCGGGACCUCAAGCCGGAAAACCUGCUGGUAAGCCUGUCUCUGCUGCCUCCGGGCUGUCGCCCUGACGGCCAGAACAGCGCCUCUAGGCGGUUCUAA